AUGACUGACCUCUUCUACUCCCUGCCAUGGGUUCGUCCAAGUCCCAUACCCUCUCACGAGCGCCCGCCGGCCACCGGAACAUCGCCCCAGCAGUCGACGGUCCCAAGCAAGCAGCCGCUCUCACGGCUGCUUCGUGGAGCGAACAGCAUUCUCGCAUUGCGGCGACCCGGACAGGGCGACACACCAGACAAACCUGGUGGUAGCAAGCGCGACAAGGAUGGACGCACAACCGAGCAACAGAGACAGAUCCUGGUGCUUCGUAUGAAGAAUGCCACGGACAAUUCUCAAUGGACUGCCGCCGCUCGCGAGCUCGACCUGCUUGAGGGCAACGACUUCUGGAAACUUGACGACUCGGCUCCUAACGGAGAAUACAACCCGGAUCUCAUAUCCUCACGACUGCGCGAGUUCGAUCAGGCGCGCAUCAAUUGCGAUAUCCGAGCCAUGAUGCACCUCGUGCGGACCGGACUCACCCGGGACCUCGGUGGCAUGGGUAAUAUCGAACUCUACCGUCACUCGUACGACGGCACAAAACAUCUGAUUGAGCAGUAUGUCGAGUCUGCGGUUAGAACGAUUGACGACCUGGUGGAGAAGAGCGGCAUUCCCGGCGCCCUCCCGGACGACAUCGAUCACAAGGAUGUCCUACAGACCGUGGUCCUGGCGCGCCAGAGCUUCGGGCGCACGGCUUUGAUGCUUAGUGGAGGUGGCACAUGGGGCAUGAUGCAUAUCGGUGUAUUGAAAGCCAUGUUCCACGCCAACCUCCUGCCGCGCAUCAUAUCGGGCGCCUCGGCGGGCUCAAUCGUUUGUUCUGUCCUCUGUACACGAACGAACGACGAAAUCCCAGACGUCCUCGAUAAGUUCCCAUACGGGGACUUGGCCGUGUUCGAAGAACAAGGAAACGAGGAAGGUGUCGCAGACCAUCUUAAGAGGCUGCUAACUGAAGGCACCUGGUCUGAUAUCAAACAUUUGACGCGCGUCAUGCGCGGUUUGCUUGGUGAUGUCACCUUUCAAGAGGCUUACAACAGGACAAGAAGAAUAUGUAAUAUCUCCGUCUCAACCGCAUCCAUCUACGAGCUCCCGAGACUCCUCAACUACAUCACAGCGCCAAACGUCUUGAUCUGGUCCGCCGUGCUGGCCUCAUGCUCCGUGCCUCUGAUCUUCAGCGCCGCACCCCUUCUCGCCAAAAACCCACACACAGGUGAACAUGUGCCCUGGAAUCCCACCGAGCAAAUGUGGAUGGAUGGAUCGGUGGACAAUGACCUGCCCAUGACGCGACUCGCCGAAAUGUUCAACGUCAAUCAUUUCAUCGUAUCCCAAGUGAAUCCCCAUAUUACACCUUUCAUGUCCAAGGAAGAUCGACUGGACCCGGCCCAUGACCGCUCACGGCCCCAGGUGGGCUCGGCUCUGCACGAUCCGACGUCAUGGCUAUACACGUUCACGACACUUGCCAAAGAUGAGGCACUACAUCGACUACAGUUCAUGGCCGAAUUACGCAUAUUUCCAAAUCUAGUCACCAAAUUGCGCAGUGUUUUGAGCCAAAAGUACUCGGGAGACAUCAACAUCAUUCCGGAAUUCACCAUCCAGGAUGUGCCCCGCAUUCUGAAGAAUCCUACCGUCGACUUUAUGCUCCGAACAUGUCUCGCUGCGCUUGAUCUCACGGUUCCAGAAUCUGCACAUGCGCCAAAGACACUCCCUCCGCCACACUUUGAGCUCGGCACCCCGUCGCCACGACUGGAUGUCCUCUCGCCGACAACUGGUGCCGAAACUUCUGAUGUGCAUACGUCUGAUGGAGAUGUCGACUAUUCGCACACGGACGAGAGCGUGUCUGAUCCUGAACCUUAUGAAAGGGACGUUCUUUACGAGGAAGUUCCGAAGGACGCCCAGUAA